AAGUCGUUGUAGUAUAGUGGUAAGUAUUCCCGCCUGUCACGCGGGUGACCCGGGUUCGAUCCCCGGCAACGGCGCAUUUUUAAGAUUUUUUUUUAAUCUAAGAAGGUUCAAAAUUUGCGAGUUCUCCAACACGACGUAUAAAACCCUCCAAAAUCCCGCCUUUUUCUUUCAAUACUGCUGCUAUCAUUUCUUGCUACACUCUUCUUCUCUUCAGAGAUUAAUCAAUUUUUGGCAAUGGAAACCGAUGAAUCAGAACGAGUUCUUCCUUUUCAGCUUCAAUUUGACAAACCAGCGCCUUCUCAGAUAAAACUGGCUGAAUGGAAUCCAGAAAAGGAUUUAUUGGCAAUGGUGACCGAGGACUCCAAAAUUAUACUGCACCGCUUUAAUUGGCAACGAUUAUGGACAAUUUCACCUGGAAAGUGUAUAACAUCAUUAUGUUGGCGUCCUGAUGGUAAAGCAGUAGCUGUUGGCCUUGAAGAUGGAACCAUAUCGUUGCAUGAUGUUGAAAAUGGGAAACUAUUAAGAAGCAUGAAGUCUCACACUGCUGCGGUAGUUUGUCUUAACUGGGAGGAGGAUAAUGGACUUGGACAGGAUAAUGAAGACAACACCGUGUCUUAUGAAGAUCGUACAUUGCGUUUCUUCCCUCCUGCUCCAAGAGUCCCACGGAUGCCAGGAGUAGUAUCUGGAGAUUCCACUCUUAUAGAUAACACUGAAGAUUCGUUUCAGGAUCUGCUAAAUACUUCGCAUCAACGAUUUAAUAUUUUAUGCAGUGCUGAUAAAGAUGGAAAUGUUUGCUUUAGCAUAUUUGGUAUAUUCUCCAUUGGAAAAAUUAAUAUACACAAUUUGUCUCUUCCAGUACUUGGCAAUCAAGUAGCAUUUCAGAUCCUGCAUGCUUCCAUUUAUAAGAUUGCUUUGUCGAAGGAUUUUUGUCGUUUGAUCAUCGUCUGCUCUGGAGAAAUUUCUUGCAGCAGUAGUGAUUUCAAUCAUGGGCCAAUGUCAGGAAAUAAAACUGAGGGUAUGCAUUGCUUGGUGCUGGACACCUCUAUUUUCCGGAAAAGGAAACAAGAGCUUCAUCAAAUCGCUCAACAAGCUUCCAGCGUUGAAGAUUUGACUGAGGUCAUUCGAGCAUCACUUUCAAUCAUGUAUAAGCAGUGGUGUGAUGCCAUGCAGAUAUUCCAAGACAAAUUUCAUUCUUUAUCUACACUAAUUGUUGACCACGGACUGGACUCAUCGCCUCAAGAGGAGUUUUUGAGUCUUCUAGGAGGCGCUCGAACUAGUCCACCGGUUCAUCAAUUUCUGGUCAAUUCUCUUGGUGAAUCGGGACUCAAGCGAGUGAUGAAGGCUGUAUCUAGUGCAGGAAGUGAACUUCAGCUUAUUCUCCUUGAUCAUAUCCAGCCAGCAGCAGAAAUUAUUGGAUUUAGAAUGGGAGAACUAAGAGGUCUUUCAAGGUGGCGGGCACGCUAUGGUGGCAUUGGCCUGGAUGAAAAACUUAUAGAUAAUGCAACAGAAAAAGUAGGAAUGUUGCUUGUACAAGUAGUGCGCUUUGUGCAGAUUCUUUCGUCUGUUUCCCAGCAGUUCAUAAAUUUUUUCAGCUGGCUGUCAAGGUGUAUAAAGAUACUUAUGUCAGAAUCUAGUGAUCAGCUUCCAGCAUACAACAGCGAACUUGUAAUAAUGUUUUUGAAGUUUCUCUAUGAUCGGGAUCCAGUAAAGCUGCUGCUGGACCAAUCUAUGGUUGAUCAUUAUGUACAACUUGAUUCGGAUACAACACAGCGAGUUGAAGAACUUGUUAAAUUAGGGGGGUUUGCUGAUACUGAAUGCCUGCACAGAACCUUAGCUAAAGAAUUCCAGUAUAUGGAAUCCAGUUUCAAGGAGGCGUUCAAUAUGCCCUAUAUAACCGUUUCAAAGGAGAUAAUAUGUGAGCAGAUGCUGCCUCUCUACUCUUUCCAAUCUUCAUCGCCAUCCACCCAUUGCAGUGUUCUGACAUCAAUAUCAUUUUAUUGGGAUGCUGCCCCUGAAUUUUCAGCAUGUGAAACCAGUCAAGAAAACCUUGUAGACUACAUCACUUUCCAAAUACCUGAGUGGUCCUCAUCAGAUGUUUCAAACUGUAUAUGCAUAUUACGGGGAGUUAUGAAUGAAGCAGGUAAUAUUAGGAACAAAUAUACUACAGUUGAAGCCUUGCUGUUGUCUGUGUCAAAGGAUUUCAGUUGCAUGGAUUUAUCCCUCUACAAGGAACGUCAGUUAGUUUUGCUGUUGAAUGAAACAACAGCCGCUUCUGACAGCAGUGGAAAUGCUCAGCUCAUGAUGGUGCCAACAAACGAUCUUCCAUUUGUAUCUAUUUCAAGAUCAACCAAUCAAAAUUUUUGGAAUUUGGAUCAGUUGCAGGAUCUUACGUUGCCCUUGCAAAUGGAGAGUGCAAAGGUUCGAAGCAUACCUCACAAUGUGGUUCCACCACUUGCAAUUAGUUCAUCCAGAGGCGUGGGCUGUGUUUUUGCUGCUAGAAAGCGAGCCUUAGUUUACAUUCUCGAUGAAGAUGAAGAAGAAGAAGAAUCAGCCUCAGAUAUGGAUUGAAUUAUUUGAUCAUCCAGCACUGUGUUUAGACUCCUCGUAGUUGAAGUUUGUUUUUACAACGUUCAACUAUAGAGCAUGGAAACUCUGAUUAGGUGAUCUGGUGGUCUAGACCUGCUUUCAGAUGUAGCUGUAAGCCUCGUAGUUGAAGUUUGCUUUCACAUCGUUCAACUAUAGAGCAUAGAAACUCUGAUUAGGUGGUCUGGUGGUCUAGUCCUGCUUUCAGAUGUAGGGUUUCCCAAUCUCUUGUUUUUUAUUUGUCAUCCUUAACUAUUGUUUCCUGUUUAUAGUUUUGGCCAAACUACCCAAGAUAAUUCUCUGUAAACGUAGAAGGUGAAUACUACUAUUUUCAGUUACUGAAUUAUAUAGAAAAAAUUAAAUUUAUCAAA